UUGAUGAUAGUAAAGACUAAAGACUAAAGACUAAAGAGUGCGUAGAGAGAGAGUUGAGAAGCGAGAGAAUAUUAACAGAAGCAGUGAGAACUGAGAAGACAUGGCAACAUCGUCUUCUUCAUCGUGGAGGAACAAAUACUGGAUUCUCAGACAUGGCAAGAGCAUCCCCAAUGAGCGAGGCCUCAUCGUUUCGUCUUUGGAAAAUGGGACACUUUCAGAUUAUCAGUUAGCUGAUCAAGGUGUUAUACAAGCCCAAUUGGCUGCAGAGAAAUUCCGGAAGGAGUUGAAGGAUGCUAAUAUCCCACUAGAAAGCGUUCGCAUUUGCUACUCUCCGUUUGCUAGAACAGUUCACACUGCUAAAGUGGUUGCAUCUGUUUUGAAUCUUCCAUUUGAAGGCAGUCAAUGCAAGGUAUUUGAAGAUCUCCGGGAACGUUAUUUUGGUCCUUCAUACGAGCUUGCAUCACAUGAUCGAUACCCAGAGAUAUGGGCUCUAGAUGCGAAAGAUCCAUUUGAACAGUCAGAAGGUGGAGAAAGUGCCGCUGAUGUUGUUUCACGGCUAGUGAAGGCCAUGGAAGAAAUGGAGACUUUGUUUGAAGGGUGUGCAAUAUUGAUAGUGAGCCAUGGUGAUCCCCUCCAAAUGUUGCAGACGAUACUUAAUGCUGCUAAGGAACAGAAGGAAUCCAGUUUCAGUAAUACUGUAUCAAGAUUAGAAGCUGUUAAAGUUCCCUCUAUCUUGUCAAAGCAUCGGAAUUUCGCACUGGAAACAGGUGAACUUCGAGCAGUAGUUUGAAACUAUAGCUUUCGUCCAUUCCUUUGCGGUACAUUAUUAUCCUUGCUACAAUAUUCUUGCGGCAAGUGAGUAUUUAACCAGAAACUCUUGGGAAAUUUCUUGCAGUAUUAAGCUGUCUGUCAGUUCCGAAUUAUAAACCAUUUGGAAUGGGAAAACAGCAUUUAGAGCCAGUCUUAUAAUUUAUAUUGUUAGAUUUAUGCUCCUUGGUAGCUACUAGCUAGUUAUCUAGUUUCUAUAAAAAUAUUUGCUUAUCAUAUCUACACCAUGAAAAAUUGAAAAUAAACCGAAGCUAAACUAGCAACGCAACAGAAAUAAGUUCUUUUUGCACUUCAAGAAAGACAAACUCAUCAGAUUGUUUUGUGAUGAGCAAAAUUUAACAAAGAUAUACAGUUACCAUAAGACGAGGGAUGAAGUGCAAGUUGCCACAUAAGUUAAGUGGUAACGUACGAGGAAGACCACUAAACUAACACCCUUAAAGGGGGGAAGAGUACUUAAAAUUUCAAAAGAAAUUAUAGGGGCUAUGACUAUGAUUAAUUGUUGGUAUUGAAUUCGCACUACAGUUAUUCUGUUAGUACUGAAAAUUUCAAGUACAAACAGCAAAUGCAGUAAAUGAGGUUAUAAUGUUCAAAGGAGGAGCGAAAUGAUUGUAGAAAGUAAGAGGAAGAAGAUGAAAUAAAUAAUUCUUGUCAAAAAUUAGAUAUAAUAUAUAUCUGCUUUGUUUUGGUCAGUACAGUCUGUCCGAGAUGCCUGAAAUUCUAGUUUCUUUUUGUUUGGUAGUUGUGGGUCCUGAGCUUGAUAUUCUAAAGUAUGAAUGUUCUUAGGUUAUUGUUUUUUAGCCAUGAGUUUAGCCAGACUGAUAUUUUUUAGUCCAGUUUUCACUAUUAUAUCCUAAUUCAACUGCAUUACAUCAGAUAACAAGCUUAUGCAUGUCAUGAUAUUUUUUCUAAUUGCUGGUGAAAAUAUAGCUGAGGAGUUGAACUAUGCACCACCUUUUUCACCUAAUUCAUCUAACUGGACAAUUUGUUUCAUCAUCUAAGCCUAUAAAAACCCAUCAAUGCACAAAGUACAUCAUAUUUUAAGCUAACAUUAAAGUGUCUGUUGAACAAGAAGUUGCACUCCUGUACUUGUUUGAUCUCAUUUCCUCAUUUUAUACUUGUUUGUCAUUUCCUCAACCCAUGGGUCCUCGCUUAUUUCUCUGUAGUAUGAUGCUUGUUGCUUGUGCAAUGAGUACUGUGACAAUGCCAGUUGAAGCUCGCCACCUUCUAGAAUCUUCCUUGCCGGAGCAUCCUGAGGCAGAGGUGCCUAAGCUGGAAGUACCUGAACUUUCAAAGCCUACCAUGCCUGAGCUUCCGAAACCUACAAUGCCCAAACUCCCAAAACCUGUCCUUCCCGAGUUGCCUAAGCCAACACUGCCUGAACUUCCAAAACCCACAUUACCAGAGCUUCCUAAACCCACCGUGCAUGAAGUACCCAAGCCAACACCGCCAGAGUUACGGAAGCCUAAAUUACCUGAGGAGCCUAAGCCAACUGAGCACGAUUCCCCCAAGGCUAAAUUGCCAGAAAUGCCCAAGGCUACAUUGCCUGAGCUGCCAAAGCCCACAAUCCCUGAGUUUCCCAAGGUCACUAUUCCCGAGCUGCCCAAGCCUACAUUGCCCGAGUUGCCCAAGAUCACUAUUCCUGAGCUACCCAAGCCCACUAUUCCUGAGCUGCCCAUGCCCGCAGUGCCUGAGAUGCCAAAACCCACAAUGCCUGAAAUGCCCAAACUUACAAUGCCUGAGUUGCCAAAGCCCACCAUACCUGAAAUGCCCAAACUUACAGUGCCUGAGCUGCCAAAGCCCACCUUGCCUGAACUCCCUAAGUUUGGCAUCCCAGGCAAACCUUGAAGGAUAUAGUAAUUGCAUUUCUUGUGUCUUACUUGAAUGUGUUGUUAAUCAUUGAGAAAUAAUUCUUAUUGUGAUGUCUUUUUCCUUGUCUUUUUCGGGGGAGUUUUCAGAAAGUGUACUAUGUAUGUCGUUCUUUUUGAGUCUUAUACUAGGUAAUACUUUUAUUUUGUAUAAUACUCAAUACUUGGUAAUUUUUAUGUUGUCACUUGGACGAACUUUACUCGUACCAAAUUGCGCCUGUCUUCAGCUCUGAUGAUCAAAAUGAUGCAAUCAAAUACGUCUCGAUUAAUAUUGGAUUUCGAAAAUCGAACUAGAAUCAUCUAAAUCUUCUUUUCCUGGGGCUUAUUGCUCAGUUUGGUUAAAUCUAAUGGUUGAUUGGCUUAGCACAGAAGGAGGUUAAGACUGUUUUCAGAAAGAAUAUUUUUACUGUUAGUGUUAACAUAGUAAAAUCAACUUGAGAAGCAUAUAUGGCAGUAGCAUCUCAAAUCACUCUUGUUAGGCUCCGCUCUUUUGAACUGAGAGAAACUGAAUUGAAAUUAAUUGAACUGAACUGAGAGAAACAAAUUGCAAAGAGAAAUUGAAACUAAACUCAACUGAAAUUAACUGAAUUACAAUUAACUGAAUUGAAAAUACGCCAAAAGUACAGGGUCUUAUUAUACUGAUAUGGGCUAUGAAGAACUCCAAAAUUUUGGUACUACAUUAAUGUAACUUCUAGUUUACAUCUCUGAGAUUUUGACACUAUCAAUUUUCAGAGGUUGAAUGUGCUAUAGAAUUGAUCUGAACUUUCCAGACAUUAGAUUUCUGAGCUCAUAUAAAUCUGAAUAACCUAUGGAGAAGGAAAAAUUAGGUAUCUAAGAAUGACAUUGCCCGAUUCGUGCAGCGGAUCCUUUUUAUGUAUUAACCAAACGGGUCAUUCAUAUUGAUUAGUUAACUUAACUCCUUCAUGUCAGUGAAAUAUUCAGUUUCCAUUCUCUUAGUCCCGUUUUGGGUUACUUUUUUCGGAUUUCAUUGGAUGUUGUUGUUGUAAUGAACCUUCAAUAUUUACUAUGUAAAGCUCAAUGAUUAUACUACAACUUCAUGGGUUAUUGUAAUCUGUCAUCUUUCAGUAAUUGAUCAUAUUAAUUUAAAUGCAGUACAUCAGUAUUCAGGAACAAAAACAAAAAGGCCCAUGUGAAUGUAAUGAAUAUCAUUCUAAAUGACAGUGAUAUUGCAGAUGAGUUAAACUAUGAACACCCUCGUCCACCUAAUCCAUCCAUAGAAUGCUCAUCUUAUCCAUGCUAUAAGUACCCCCCAUAUACAAGGGAAUACAACAUAUUCUAAGCAGAUUGUAGAAUAUACAACCCAUUUUUUUUAUAUAUAUUCCUAGCUCAUUUUAUACUAGUUUGCUCCCACUUUAAGCUUUGAUGGGUCCUCGUUUGUUCAUAUCAUGUCUAAUGCUCAUUGCUUGCAUGGUGAGUAUUGCCACAAUCCCAAUGGCAUUAGCUCGUGGCCUUCUAGAUCUUCCUAAGUUGGAGGUGCCUAUAGUCACCUUACCCAAUCUUCCUAACCCUACUGUGCCCAAACUUCCAAAUCCCACAAUUCCAGUGCACCCUCGUGGCCUCUUAGAUCUUCCUAAGGUGGAUGUGCCUGUAGUCACCUUGCCCAAUCUUCCUAACCCAACAGUGCCCAAACUUCCAAAUCCUACCGUGCCCCAAAUUCCAAACCCUACAAUUCCAGUGCAUCCUCGUGGUCUCUUAGAUCUUCCUAAGGUGGAGGUGCCUAUUGUCACGUUACCUAGUCUUCCUAACCCAGCAUUACCCAAAAUUCCAAACCCUACAAUUCCAGUGCAUCCUCGCAACCUCUUAGAUCUUCCUAAGCUAGAGGUGCCCAUAGUCACAUUACCCAAUCUUCCAAAUCCCACAAUUCCAGUGCACCCUCGUGGCCUUUUAGACCUUCCUAAGGUGGAGGUACCAGUAGUCACAUUACCCAAUCUUCCUAACCCUACAGUGCCUCAGCUUCCUAAGCCUACAAUUCCAGUGCCAGCUCGUGGUCUUCUAGAUCUUCCUAAGUUGGAAGUUCCCCUAGUCACUUUACCUAAUCUUCCUAAUCCCACAAUACCCAAACUUCCAAACCCUACAAUUCCAGUGCACCCUCGUGGUCUGUUAGAUCUUCCCUCCUUGGAGGUACCUACACUUCCCUUGCCGACACUACCUCAACUUCCAAAUCCCACAGUUCCUCAAAUUCCCUGAUUUUGUUGACAAUGCCGCCAUUUUCCAAGACAAACACUGAAGGAUACCGCACAUGCCACGCUUUGGGAUUACAUUAAUGCAUCUAAUGUAAUGAUAUAUUCCUAAUGAUCUUCUGGCUUUAACAUCUUUCAGUCUUUCAUUUAUUAUUUAUUUAUUUUUGGUUUCAUUCUUUGUACUCUGAGUGUGCAAUUAUUAUGUUUUAUAUAUUUUAUCUUGGAUAAAUUAUUAUUAUUAUUAUUAUUUGUA